UACGAUUGCGUACCUGAAUCUGAAGCAUGGACGCACUCCUUUGGGAGGGGGUUAAUAUACCUCCCCACGACCCCAGUCCGUUAUCCCUUCUCCUAUUAUCCCGGACACUUUGCGCCUUGUCCGUCAUGUCCCAAUGUCCUCUUGGACUUGGCCUUCGAAGAAUGCCCGUCGCUCGCCGUUAAGGCUCGUCACCGGCCGCCAUGUCGCUACGGUCGGCGUGGCCAUCAGUCUUUUCUAUCUAUUUUACGUCUUCGCGAUACCGCAAAUUUUACGAUUUCGCUUUCGCACGGACUUGAGCCAAUAUGACCUGGGUCUGUAUGGGUUCGGCCCUUCAACUGGUUACGUUUCCUUUGACUACGAAUCACCAAUUGUCGAAAUCACGGAAUCAGAAUCAGGAUGUGACCCGCGAUACACAUUUCUUGCGCCGCGCGGUGAUUCAGUGCCCCAAGCAGGCCCCAUGAUACUCGAUGCUGAGGGCAACUUAGUUUGGAUGAAGUAUAACUGGGAAACCACCCAGGAUUUCAAAGUCCAGCGAUAUAAGGGUGAAGACUACUUAACCUACUGGGAAGGUCGCCAGGUCGAGGCUCGCGGCUAUGGAUCGUGGUAUAUGCUCGAUUCUUCCUACACCCAACGAUACGUGAUUAAUCCCGUCGGCAACUAUGGAGGUGACCUGCACGAAUUCACAAUAACCAACGAGGGAACGGCCCUGGUGACUAUCUACGACCCGUUGCCAGUGGACCUAACACCAGUCGGAGGUUCGGAGCUAGGCUGGAUAUUUGAUGGCGUCUUCCAGGAGAUCGACGUCGAGACCGGUGAAUUGCUAUUCGAGUGGCGCGCUUCCAAACACUACCCCGUCGACAGCUCGUACGAGCCGCUGGGUGAGGCUGGAAAAGAUCGCGCAUCGGCCUUUGACUACUUUCAUAUCAACAGCGUCGAGAAAGACGACCAAGGAAACUACAUUGUGUCUUCCCGGCACACGCAUUCGGUCAGUUGCAUUGACUCCAAGACGGGAUCUUUACUGUGGACACUCGGGGGCAAAAUGAAUGAUUUCACCGAUCUCUCCGAGGGUGAAGCAACGAAUUUCGCCUGGCAACAUGAUGCGCGGUGGCACGCGAACAACACCUUAACACUAUUUGACAACGCCUCCCACUCCAACAAUGAUCCAGAUAAUGAGAGUCGCGGCAUGGCUAUUCAAUUAGACAUUUCGGCCCGCCAGGCGAGAUUGGUGGCUGCUUACUAUCAUCCCCAACAGAUGAAGUCUGUAUCACAAGGCAAUGUACAGAUGCUGGAUGAUACCGGCCGGGUUCUAGUUGGUUGGGGUCACAGUGCCGCCUAUACCGAAUUUAACGCCGACGGAGAGUUGCUGUGCAAUGUCCAUUUCGGCGCAUCGGCCUUCUUCACCUUUGGGCGGGUUGUCUCCUACCGUGCCUUCAAGGGUGACUGGGUGGGACACCCUCAGACGACUCCUGAUGCUGAGGUUGACGAUGAUAAAGUGUACGUGAGCUGGAACGGUGCGACAGAAGUUACAUCAUGGCGAUUAGAGGUGUGGGAUUCCGACGAUUUGACCGAGUCCUCGUUUGGGGUAGUGGCGCAGUUCGAAAAGACCGGGUUUGAGACGGAAAUCGAUAUUCCAGAGGACCUUGGUCCUUUAUUCCGCCUCGCAGCUCUAGACUUUGAGGGGAAUGUCCUCGGUGUCACCGACGUGCUCCAGAAAGAACAAGUGUCGAGUUUCGACAAGCUCUUUGAUCUGCACAAUUGGAUUCUGGGCUUCGCCCUGGUAGUAAGUGUGGGUGGACUGCUUGCCGGUCUAUAUCGAUGCUGCUGUUGUUGCAGACUCUUUAAGUUAUAUCGCUCUCGCUCCAACGAUUACCAAUUGGUGGCUAUGAACGAGAAUGGUGAACAUCCGCCGCCUGUUUAACCUCAAAGGCUCUUCACUCGUCAUGUAUAUAUAUUAGCCUUGGGCACCAGGAAGCCCAUG